UCUAAAAUUAUUUCAGCAAAUACCUAUGAAGAUGACAACGAAUCUGAACAGCAAACUUAUUUAUUGGACGAUUCAUCUGACAAUUUGUCAGAUGAAGAUUUUGAACAAUUUGACGAUGAGUUUAGUUCAGAUAAUGAUAACUCCAAUGAGCCAGAUCAUGACUGGAUUUUAAUUUGA